AUGUACAGAGCACUUUUCCAAACAGGCAAACGCUCAACCAGCCGGUUGACGGCAGCAGCUUCUUCCCCACACGCCAAACACUUUUCCUCGCAAUCGCACCUCCUCACAAACUAUGGCUUUGUCGGCUUGGGCCAAAUGGGCCAGCACAUGGCCCGCCACAUUUACGAGCAACUCGCCCCCGAGGACUCGUUGUACGUCUACGACACCGUGCCCGAGGCCGCCGCCAACUUUUACCACACCGUGACCUCGCAAACCCCGCAGCACCAAGAGCAGCUCACGGUGUUGCCCGACUUGAAGUCGUUUAUCACGGGCGUCAAUGGCCAGUUGGACUUUAUCGUGACGAUGGUGCCCGAGGGCAAGCACGUCAAGGGCGUCGUUGAAGAAAUCGUCACUGCCUACGAGCAGAAUGGAUAUUCGCCAGAGUACAGGACCACCAUUAUCGACUCUUCCACGAUUGACAUCCCCACCUCGCAGGCGGUGCACCACUAUGUCAAGUCCACCUUGCCCCAGUUUGACUUUAUCGACGCGCCCGUCUCGGGCGGUGUCGCUGGUGCGAGAAAGGGCACCUUGUCGUUUAUGCUCUCGCGUGAAAACCACGAGGACAUCUCCCCCGACCUUGUGACCCUCCUCAACAAGAUGGGCAAGAAUAUUUUCCCGUGCGGCGUGAACCACGGCACGGGCCUCGCUGCGAAAUUGGCCAACAAUUAUCUCCUCGCCAUCACCAAUCUCGCUACUGCCGACUCGUUCCAGCUCGCUAAGGCGUUUGGGUUGAACUUGCAGAAUUACGCUAAGCUCGUAGCGGUAUCGACUGGUAAAUCGUGGGCCUCUGUAGAUAACUGCCCCAUUGAAGGUGUAUACCCCGAGAACAACUUGCCCGCGGACGUCAAGUUCAAAGGUGGCUUCAUCACCAAGUUGACGAGAAAGGAUGUGGUGUUGGCUACCGACUGCGCUAAGCAGCAGCACCGUUUCUUGUUCCUUGGCGACAUUGGCAGACACUGGUACGACAAGGCGUGCGAGAGACCCGAUGUGGCCGAGCGCGACUUGGGCGUGCUCUAUGAGUGGUUGGGCGACUUGGAGCAGAAGCCUAAUGGGGAUAUCGUUGAUGUCAAGAGGACCUCGGCUUAG